GCGACAAUCAGUUUAGCACAGUGAAAGAUAGAUAGCCGUUACUUUGCAGCGAAAGAUGAUCCGCCACUCUAGGUGACAUAUGAUGAUGUUGUAGCGUUUCGUGAGUGCGGCUGAUUCAGUUUCUUCAAUCCUCCCUCUGUCACUUCUCUUAUCACAAUGUACCCGACACCGGCGUGCUCCUUCAGCGGUGGAGACAUAUUUGACUGUAUACAGAGAGGAACCAUUGAACAAUGUAUGCACUUCGUUGAAAAUGAUCGAUCGAUCCUCAGACAGAAAGGCUGGGGGGGUUUCAGCCCACUCCACUAUGCUGCCCUCCAUGGUAACCGUGUACUGGUUGACAAUUUCCUUAGUAACGGAGCUGACCCUAACCUGACAUGUGAUGCAGGACAGACAGCCUUUCAUUUUGCCUGCAGACAGGGAAAUGUCUUUAUCAUACACCAAAUGAUGCAGUAUGGAGCCGACUUACGCCUCAUAGACCUGCAAGAAAAGACGUCACUUCAUCACGCAGUCACCGGAGGCAACAUUAUUGCAGUGCAUUAUCUGUGGGAGACAGGAAUGUUCCGGUUCUCGGACACAGACAUGUACCUUGUGACGCCUCUACACCUGGCUGCAUCGACAGGCAACACAGAAGUGGUCUGGUAUUUGCUAAAAGAGCGGAGAUGCAGUGUGGAAGCAGUUGACCAGCAGGGGGCGACGGCGCUUCACGUUGCAGCAGAGAGGGGUGGAAUAGAGGUGUGCUGGGCACUGCUGCAGAGAGGAGGAUGCAGGAUGCUACAUUUGAAGGACCACAGCGGCCUCACACCUCUGGAUCUAAGCAGGCAGGGGAAAACAUUCAGACAUCAGCAACUCACCAAACUAUUGAGUCGGCACAUUAAAGACCCAAUACACAGCAGGCCAAGAGAGUCUCGUGUUUUAUAUUACUGGACACUGUUUUUUCCGACUCUGAGUGGAUCUGCCAUCCUGCUCAUAGCAGCCAUGUUGGGAGGUUAUGGGGGUCUAAUCUGCUGCUUACUCUUCCCAUGGCUGGCCAGAAGCAUCUUCUCACAGUACCACCGCAUGACCACCUACCAAAGGUUACCCAACCCAGUCUACCUGGGAACCCUCAUCGCUGGCAUGUCCCAUUCCCUGCUUUGUUUCUAUGGAAAAGUUAUGCCAAGUGUGUGGCCAAACAGUCCCCUGGCACAGGUGUUAACAGUCCACUUCAUUCUAGUCCUGGGUCUUCUGUGUAAGAUGUUGACACAGGACCCCGGGACACUGGACAUAGCAAACGCAGAUCCUCGAUUCUCCUGUAUUGCUGACCUGGUGGAGAACAACCAGAGUCCUCAGAGGUUCUGUCCAUACUGUGAGUUGUUCCAGCCGGACUACACCAAACACUGCAAGCUGUGUGAAGUGUGCAUUAAAGACUAUGACCAUCACUGCCUUUUCCUGAACCGCUGCGUCGGCCGGGGGAACCACCGCCUCUUCCUCCUCUUCAUCCUCUCCAUGUUGACAGCUCAUCUCUUUUUCGCUGCGUCAGCAGUAAGCUACUUGUACAACAAGAUGCCCUCAGGCGAUCAUGGAUUGUCAUCGUUGCUCGCACUGUUAGGGGAGGAGUUCUGGGUUGCGGCCCUCCUGAUUAUGAACGCCAUGACGCUUUUGUGGGAGGUGUGGCUUCUGACGGAGCAGUUUAACGCCAUCGCCACAGGAACGACGACCUACUUCAGGCAGUGUGAAAGCUCAGCUCGACAGCGCACACUUGGACAACGUUGGUCUGUAAUACUGUCUUUUCUGCUGGAAGGUCAAAGACGAGUGGGCAGUGGACAAACGGCAGAGGACAAAUCUGCCAUAGACAUUUAAAAUUGUGAAUUUGUUUUAUCCUUACACACUACUCAGUGUAGAUUCUGUGGUACAAACAUUGUGAUGAUGUUCCCUUUAGAUUCAGAUUCAGUAACUUUUGUAAUGCCACAUAAUGUGUUUUAAUUUAAUAUAAAAUCUUGUUACAAGUAGCAGGGUGUAUGUCUGUGACUAUGUAACUAGCAGGAUAACUAAUUCAUAAUAGUAACUAGCAAUAGGUUGCUCAUUUAUCUAGAUUUUAGAGACAGUUUUUGAUUAAACUUGUGGAUAGCACUUUCCUGAAUAUUUCCAAAACUGUGUUUUUUUUGAUGUUGACAGUGUACACAUUUACAACUUGUGUUUUUUAACAUCACUGUGGAAUGUUGCUUCAAAUAAAUGCACUAAAGCAUACUAUAAA